AUGGGUUCGCAGCCGCAACAACGUCUUUACAUUCUGGAUACCGACCUGUCACAUCCCGGUCGGCAAAAGCGUUGCGGCCGCAUCUUAUCGUGUGCUGCUGAUGGAAGAGACUUUCAGACUGUCAUCAGCGACAUGGAAACGCUCCCUGAUGGCAUUGCUAUCGAUCAUUCGAAGGGCCACAUGUACUGGACCAACAUGGGCACUAGCUUCAAGUCUGAUAGUGGCUCUAUCGAGAGGGCGAGCUUAGACGGGUCUGAUCGGAAGACUGUUGUUCCUCCCGGUACCCUGGGGGUUUUCACGCCAAAACAAAUCACCAUCGCAACCCGGAGCCGAAAGCUGUACUGGUGUGAUCGAGAGGGCAUGAAGGUCAUGCGCGCCGAUAUCGACGGUUCCAACAUCGAAGUUCUCGUGUCAACCGGCAGCACAGAAGAGGACCGCUUGGAUCAAAACAACUGGUGCGUUGGCAUCGCUGUUGACGAGGAACAUGGGUACUUCUACUGGACACAGAAAGGUCCAUCGAAAGGAAACCAAGGUCGCAUACUUCGGGCACCACUUCAAUGCCCUGCUGGGGAGGAACCACGGAGGCCCGAGGUUGUCUUCGAGAAGCUUCCAGAACCUAUCGAUCUCGAAAUAGAUGAAGAGACUGGGACGCUGUAUUGGACAGAUCGUGGCGACCCCCCAACCGGCAACACUUUGAAUCGAGCGCAUGUGGCCACCAUGGGACGUCAAGAGACGUUGGCAAUUCGCCUGCACGAAACGAUUGGCCUGGCUUUGGAUAAGAAUGCGGGUGUUGUAUUUGUGACUGAUCUGUCAGGUGGUGUCUACGCUGUAGACGUCAAGACCAAAGAGAAGACAGUCCUUUUUGCGGAGUUGGGGGACACCACAGGGAUCGCGUUGGCAUGA